UCCACGACGAUUUCCAAAUACGAGUCUAGCGCCAGCUCAAGUUCAUAAAACAAAAAUGGCAGCGCCCAUGGAGAAACACGUGAAGAGACCAGGAAUUGGCGUUGGAGUUUUUGUAACAAGCAAGACACAUCCUAAUUGUGUCGUACUUGGCAAACGUAAAGGUUCGACGGGCAGUGGGACAUUCGCCCUUCCUGGUGGACAUUUAGAAUUCGGAGAAGAAUGGGUGGAUUGUGCAAAGAGAGAGACAGAAGAAGAAACAGGGCUUCGUCUCAAGGAUGUUGUCUUCUCAACUGUUGUCAAUGCAAUACACUUGGAGGAAGACUACCAUUAUAUCACAAUAUUCAUGAGGGGUGAAGUGGAUGCAGAAUUUAAGAAAGAUCCAGAAAAUAUGGAGCCUCAUAAAUGUGAAGGUUGGGAAUGGAGAGACUGGAACAGCUUUCCACCAGAAGAUGAACUCUUUUGUGCUCUACGAGUCGCUAGGCAACAGGGACAUAAUCCAUUCUCAUAAGGGAGACAGACUACAGCAAUAUAACCAAAGGAAGGCUAUGGUGUUUGCCUACCAAGUGAAUGAAUGCAACUGCAAGGAGUAACUUGAGAACAUUGCUUAAUACACAAGACAAAAUUCAUCAAAAUGGAAGCAUGUUUCAAAUUAAUUAAGCAUUCUUGUUUAGCAGCAAUAUUUUAAACAGUGCAAACAAUAUAUUGUUUUUUCCUCACAUCAUUUAUAGGGUUCUAAUUGUUUUAAUAGCUUCAAAUCUAAAAAAGAAAACAAAAUCUUGUAGGUUCUGCCUUUUAGUUAUGAAAAAUUAUCAAAAUUAACUAAAUUCUGAAAUAAUGGCUUAGUUGUUCUCUUGUUGAUAUUGAAUUGUUAAGGUUUUAUGAUUGUUAUUUAAAGAGGAUUCCACUGUGACAUUGUUUUUUUUUUCAUAUAAAAGCAGAAAAUUAGAGAAUGUGUUAAUGAAGGUUUGACAAACAUAUUGAAAAUAAAAGUUAAUGUCAAGUCUACCUCAGAAAAAUGUUGAUUUGAGUCAAUAGAAAAAAAUAAAACAUAACACUGAAAAUGUCAUCAAAAUCGAAUAUAAAAUAAGAAAGUUAUGACAAUUAUUUCGCUUAUUUUUCACAAAAUAGUUAUAUGCACAAUUUAGUCUCAUGCAAAAUGAGAAUCAAUGAUGUCCCUCACUAUUUUUUUUGUUUUUAUUGUUUGAAUUAUAAAUUAUUUCAUUUUUUACAGAUUUGACAAUAAUGACCGACUUGACUGAACCAUAAACUGUUAAACAAUGGUAAUUCCACAUGUUCAGGGAGAAAUUAACAUUUGUUUCUCAGGACAAUGAGGAGAAAAUUGGAAUAUUUCAUAUAAUAUAGUACAAAAGAAAUAGUGAGUGGUGUCAUAAGUUCCCUCAUUUGCAUACUGAACGGAAUGUGCAUGUAACUGUUUUGUCAUAACUUUCUUAUUUUACAUCCGAUUUUGAUGAAAUUUUCAGUAUUAUGCUUGAUGGAUUUUUCUCUUUUUUUUUCAAAUCAACUUUUUGUCGGGGUGGACUUGUCCUUUAAUGAUUUUAUGAAGUUACAUUCAAGCAGCUGCCUCUUAUGUUUUGCAAUAUUAUUCCAUGAAUUCAAAUUAUGUAAUGGUUCUAGUCUUCUAGAUGACUGAAAGUAUUUCUCUAAUACAAUAUACAUGUAAAUGCAUUAUAUGACCGUGUCUAAUGAUAUUGAAUGCACAAGUAAUUUUUUUUAAAGAAAGUAGCAUUUUAUGGCAUUUAUACAAUACCACAAAUGGGGGAGCUGCUUGGAUUCGACAUCCCAAAAUUAAAAUCUUCAAAAUCUGUUUGUCUAUUUUCAUUUCAUGCAGUUUCACCAAACCCUCACUAAUAUGUUUCUUUUACAUUUCUGCUUUCAUUAAAAAAGCAACUUGACAUGAGGAUGCUCUUACCCUCUAUAAAUCAUGCUGAUGAAGAGGACAUCUUAUUCCCUCAGCCCACAUACUUAUGUUUGUUUUUACAUAAUGUAAUAUAUAUGUGUAUAUUUCAAGACCUGUAGUUUUAUAUAAUGUAAAUAAAAUAGUUAAAACAAAA